CCCAAACCCUCAUCGUCACCCAACACUCAUCCGGAUUGCAAGUCACCACAAAGCUCAAAAUGUCAGAAGGCUCCGAAAUCCUCGAAACGUACCAGAAGGAGUACGACACGCUGCAUGAGUCGCUCCUGAGGCAGGUUGAUGCGGUCGCGGCUGCAUCUGGGGAACAAAAGAAACUCCUAACCCACCAGCUCGAAGCCGGCUUCGAAGAACUCGACGAGAUCAUCUCCCAAAUGGAAGUCGAGCUGUCCACCCUCCCCGCCGCCACCCGCAUGCGUCUCGCCCCGCGCGUGCGUUCCGCAAAGGAUUCCACAAAACAGCUCCGUCGCACCUACUCCACCACCGCCGACCGCGACGCCCUCCUCUCCCGUCCCUCCAACAACGGCUCCCACGUGGUGGAUUUCGAGAUCGCGUCGUCUGACCAGAGGAGUAGAUUGAUGAACGGCACGGAGCGAUUGCAGCAGGGUAGUAGGAGACUGGAGGAUGCGAGGCGAUUGGCGUUGGAGACGGAGGCGGUGGGGAUUGCGACGUUGGAUGAUUUGAAUAGGCAGCGGGAGCAGAUUUAUAGGACGAGGGAUGGGUUGAGUAGUGCGGAUACGUGGAUUACGAAGAGUCAGGGGGCGUUGAAGACUAUGCAUCGGAGGAUGAUCCAAAACAAAAUCCUCUCCUUCGGAAUCAUCAUCCUCCUCAUCCUGCUCAUCAUCGGUAUCAUAUGGGCCAAGUGGUUCUAGGGGGGGCGGAAUAAACAACACCCAUCGUCCUUCCCCAUCUCCUCCCACACCCGUCUUCCAAUCGGUUCUUUCCAUGGAUCGUUCGGUCUCCCGCGACCCAUUCGUGCCACCCACACUUGACUCACCCCAUAUCCGCCACACAUCGCACAACAAGCAAAGUGUGGAAAAGACCGGCAUGGGAGAGACGCGCGAUGGGGAUGGGGGUGCGAUGGAAUGCGAUGUCACUUUGCAUCAUCCGUUUAUUCAUUGACUUCUGUGAUAUGUACAUAGGCCUCGAAAUAAAAAGAAGUUUGGUUUUCU